AUGGAACCACUCAUUGUCCGGGAUGAGUCGGCGGCUCCGACUCACUCCGCGAGGGCCACGGGGCCGGCGGGACCCGGCGGCUCCUCCGGCGGCCCCAUAAAAGCUCCGGCGGAGCCGGGACGCUCCGGUCGCCUCUGGAAGCUCUUCCCGCCCCCGGGAGCUGUCGGGAUGUCCUGCCACCUGCACCAGCACCUCCCUCCGCUCCACCAGGACCCCGUGGCGCUGUCUCCUGGCGUCCCCUUCCCGCCUCAGCGGUGGCACUCCACCACCUGCGUCCCCCAGGCUGUGCCGGGCCAGGCUGUGCCCCUGCAGCGGGCCGCGUCCUCCAGCGUGUGCCACCAGCAGAGCGUCACCCAGGCCGUGCCAUCCCCCUGCGUGCCCCAGCGCCUCCUGCAGCAGCAGAUUGUCCCCAGGCGGGUGACAGUGUGUGCGCCACCUCAGCAGCGCGCGACCGGCGGCCUGGGUGUCACCUGCUGCGUGCCACACCAGGCGGGGGUGACCCAGUGCGUGCCACACCAGGCGGGGGUGACCCAGUGCGUGCCGCAGCAGCUGCGGGUGCCGCAGCACUGCCCGCCCGUCCCCCAGCAGCAGCAGAUUGUCCCCAGGUGUGUCACCACCUGCGUGCCGCAGCAGCGCCUGGCGGGCGGCGCGGGCGUCACCGGCGUCACCCAGUGCGUGCCGCAGCAGCUGCGGGUGCCACCGCCCCAGUGCGUCCCCCAGCAGCAGCAGAUUGUCCCCAGGUGUGUCACCACCUGCGUGCCGCGGCCGCCGUUUGCCGCCAAGGGCGUCCUGCCGCGGCAGAGUGCCACCAGGUGCGUCCCUCAGCAGUGUGUGACCAGCGUCUGUCCCCAGCAGGGCGUCCCCACGUGUGUCACCACCUGUGUCCCCCAGCAGCGCGCGGCCCGGGGCGUCUCCUACCGGUGGGUGACGGCGCCCGUCCCCCAGCAGUGGCAGAGUGUCACCGCCGGUGUCCCCCAGCAGUGGCACGGCCGGUGUGUCACCAAGUGUGUCCCGCAGCAGUGUGACACCGGCGGGGCCAGCAUUUGUGUCCCACAGCAGCAGCAGCAGAGUGGGACAAUUUGUGUCCCACAGCAAAGUGCCACCAAAUGUGUCCCCCAGCACUAUGGGACAAUCUGCGUCCCCCAGCAAAGUGCCACUAAAUGUGUCCCCCAGCAAAGUGCCACCAAGUGUGUCCCCCAGCACUAUGGGACAAUCUGUGUCCCCCAGCAGAGUGCCACCAAGUGUGUCCUCCAGCAAAGUGCCACCAAGUGUGUCCCCCAGCAAUACGGGACAAUUGGAGUCCCCCAGCAAAGUGCCACCAAGUGUGUCCCCCAGCAAUACGGGACAAUCGGUGUCCCCCAGCAAUGUGUGACCAAGAGUGCCACUCAACAGAGCGCCACCAAGUGUGUCCCCCAGCAGAGCGUGACCAAAUGUGUCCCCCAGCAAGGCAUGGCCAAGUGUGUCCCCCAGCAAAGCACCACCAAAGGUGUCACCCAGAAGUAUGGGACAGUCUGUGUCCCCCGGCAAAGUGCCACCAAGUGUGUCCCCCAGCAAAGUGUCAAGUGUGUCCCUCAGCAGUGUGGCACAGUUUGUGUCCCUCAGCAGAGCGUAACCAAGUGUGUCCCCCAGCAAAGUGCCACCAAGUGUGUCCCCCAGCAAUACGGGACAAUUGUUGCCCCCCAGCAGUGUGUGACCAAGUGUGUCCCCCAGCAAAGUGCCACCAAAUGUGUCCCCCAGCAAAGUGCCACCAAAUGUGUUCCCCAGCAACAUGGGACAGUUUGUGUCCCCCAGCAAAGUGCCACCAAGUGUGUCCCCCAGCAGUGUGUGAGCAAGAGUGUCACUCAACAGAGUGCCACCAAGUGUGUCCCCCAGCACUAUGGGACAAUUGUUGCCCCCCAGCAGUGUGUGACCAAAUGUGUCCCUCAGCAAAGUGCCACCAAAUGUGUCCCCCAACAAAGUGCCACCAAAUGUUGUGUCCCCCAGCAGUCCGGUGGAGUGAAGAUCUCCAGCCACUCCAAGAAAUACUGCUCGGCCCCCAAGUGGCCCUGGUGA